AUGGAUACCUUUGAAGGAACUACCUUUAGAUAAAAGCUAAUUUAUUUAUCAAUAAUGUUGAUUUUUGCAUGUUAGAAUCCCAUAGCUAAUGAAGUUCCUUUUCUCUUUUACAGAUCAGAUUUGGAGUGUUAGAUAGAUGGAGAGUGGAGGGCUUGCAAAGAAUAAGAGAUUUGCGAAAAUGGAUACGAGCAUAAAUUUGUUAACACGAAUGGUAUCACCAGUAUUUCUAUGACUUAGGACUUUGUCUGCACAAGAAAACUAAUUGAAGCUACAAUCAUUUUCUUGGGUCCUAUUGCAUAAAUGUUUGCCAACUUUUUAACUAUUCUUUACGAAAUACCAAAGAGCAAAAAGUUUGGCAUCAUUUAUAAGGUGUUGCUUUUAGAAGGUAUUUCAUUGAUGUGUAUAGGAAUUUUCUAGCAGAGCUUGAUAAUGGUUGUCUUAAUAUGGAUUAUUUGGAAUUUUGUUUGGUCGUAUUACUUUGCUCAAGUAAUGUAUUAUAUUGAAGAUAUUUUACCCAAAAAAAUCUACUUAAAAACGCCUGAAUUUAUGAAUAUAGUCUGGCCCAUAGGAGGUCUUAUUUUCGUUUCUAUAGCCUUCUUUAAUGGCAGUUACGUGUUUCAUUGCGUGUAUAUGAUUGGUAUGCCCAUAGUUAUCACAACAAUAGCAUUUUAUUUCUUGACUGUCACAAGUAACAAUCAGCCAAAUCCAGAUUUGAAAAUUAGUUCUCAGCCAAUAAAGUAAUAACUCAUAUAAAAAAAUAUAUCUGCACACGAAUAGCUUUAGCUUAAGGAUGGGCAGAUUUCAAAAGCUCAGCAGGCAUAAGAGCAAUUGCAAGCUGAAAUAAAGUAAAAGAGCUUCAUUCAUGAUUUAGUGGAAAAAUUCAAAGAAUUAUUACAUAACAAAGUACUGCUUAAAAACCUCUUCAUUUAUAUGGGAUGUUGGGUUAUCUAAAUGAUGGGUAACAGUGCAACUUUUAUUGCCUUCAAUUCAGUAGGUGGGGUAAUGAAGGUGAAUGUGUUUAUCUCUGUUCUUUUCGAGCUCUCAGGCACUUUUUUACAAAUCUUCUUAAUGAAAAAAUACGAUGCUUUCAAGAUUUUAUACUAUAAUUUCUUAAUAACUGGUUUGAUUUAGACUUCCACUAUAUUCAAUAAUUCAGGAUUUGUUUAAAUGCUUGUUAUUGGUUGCUCCAAAAUCUCAAAUAAAGUUACCUUUGCUGGCAUUCUUAUGGCAUUAAAUUAUCUUCUUCCUUAGAAAUUUAUUCAGCUUGCAUUUUCAUUAACAAAUAUCGUGUCAAUUUUAGCCAACAGCAGUCUCCCCUUCUAUAAAUACUACAUGGAUUUAAUUGAAAUAAAUUUCUUUUUCGGAUUAGGAAUUUUGAGUCUUAUCUCUGUCUUGUUAAUUAAGUCUUCCUAAAUUGUUGUGAGUGAUCCUAAAGCAGAAUAAAAUCCUUAAGACCAUGAAAUAAAUAAAAAAUUAUCUGAAAGUCCCUCGAGGAAGAUAAGUGCAGUAAGUGCAUCAAGUAAUAUCUUAUUAGUAGAUAAGAAUGUGAUAUAGUGA